UCCGGCUCGGCGCAGGCAGACUCUCAGGCUCGGCAGCAGAGCGGCUCUGAGGACGCUGAGCCCGGGCAGCCUAGGGCUCCAGGCUCCUCGAGGCAGCGGCUGCCGAGGUGGGCGAGCGGCAGGCGCGACCGAGAAGCGGGAGCGGCCGCGGAGACUCGAGUCCCCGCGCUGGGCGAAAACGCCGGGCGGCCGAGGCGGCGCCGAAACCCCGAAUCCCAGGGCUGCCGGCCGGGCUUUCCCGGUGCUGCUCGCGCCGAGCUCCAUCCCGGGUGCGGCGGAGAGCAGGACCCGCCGGUCUCCUCCUCCGGAUCGCCCGCAAGAGGCUCGGCGCCCGGCCGCUGGCUGGAACCCGGGCCGCCCAGCAGGGUACCCGAACCGGGCAUCCAUCCCUGCCCGCAGCUGGCGCAGACAUGGGCGCACGGGGCUGCGCGCCGGGCCGUGGGACCCGCAAAGUUUGCUAGCCGGAGGUGCUCAGAACCUAGGGCGAGCCCUGCACCGAAGCCCAGGGGAGGUAACCCCGAAAUCACUGAAUUGGGCGCGAGGACCGUGGAGCUGAGAAGGGUGAUUCGGCCCCGCUAGAUGCCUUCUGCAAAGUUAGAAGAGAAGAAAACUUCGGCUCCAGAGAGAAUCGGACCGUUAUGCUAACCGCGCCCCCCGAGCCCUGCGCCCCUUCUAAAAGACACCGGGCGCCCGCGCCUGCCACUCUGCUCCGCUCGCAUCCAGUCCCAGGGGCCGGGCGCCUGGAACCGCGGUGACUACGGUGACUACGUCGGCCCCGGAGAACCCAACCAGGGGGCGGGGAGGGGCGGGAGGCGGGCAACGUGGCCACCAGGAGGAAGUUUCCUGAAGUUGUCCUCUCAUUCGGGAGCUCAUCCAGCGACCAGGCCGGAUCGCAGGGGUCGCCCUGCCUGCGAGAAGUAGUCUGAGUCGGGGUGCUAAGGGAUACAGGCACCCCGAGUUUGAGAGGAGGCUUGGCCUCUUUCUGCUCUCCCCUCGCUUUACGGAAUAGCCAGCGCAGAAAGAGGUGAAAGCAUUUGGGGUCGCCGGUGCGGCCCCUCCAGCCCCUCCAGGCAUAGCGUCCAGGACUUGGCCACACAGUCUCUCGGGACCCCACAGGAUUAAAAAGCAACUCGCAAAGAGGGGGCACUUUAGAGGACCCCUCGGUCAGGAUGACCAGCAUGUGGAGGCUGCCGAUCUGGACACUACUGGCCCUGCAUUGGAUCCACUCGGCCGGGGCCCAAGAUGAUGUGCCGCCAUACUUCAAGACGGAGCCAGUGCGCACACAAGUGCAUCUGGAAGGGAACCGCCUGGUGCUCACCUGCAUGGCUGAGGGCAGCUGGCCGCUGGAGUUCAAGUGGCUGCACAACAACAGGGAGCUGACCCGGUUCUCGCUGGAGUACAGGUAUAUGAUUACCAGCCUGGACCGCACCCACGCUGGCUUCUACCGCUGCAUCGUGCGAAACCGGAUGGGGGCCCUGCUCCAGCGACAGACUGAGGUCCAGGUGGCCUACAUGGGGAGCUUUGAGGAAGGUGAGAAGCACCAGAGUGUGUCCCAUGGAGAAGCGGCUGUCAUCAGAGCACCUCGAAUUUCCAGCUUCCCCCGGCCACAGGUGACCUGGUUCCGAGAUGGACGAAAGAUCCCGCCCAGCAGCCGCAUAGCCAUCACGCUGGAGAACACCCUGGUCAUCCUGUCAACGGUGGCUCCCGAUGCUGGCCGCUACUACGUGCAGGCGGUUAAUGACAAGAACGGAGACAACAAGACCAGCCAGCCCAUCACUCUCGCCGUGGAGAAUGUUGGGGGACCUGCCGACCCCAUCGCACCAACCAUCAUCAUCCCACCCAAGAACACCAGUGUUGUGGCUGGGACCUCGGAAGUGACCAUGGAGUGUGUGGCCAAUGCCAGGCCUCUGAUCAAGCUGCACAUUGUGUGGAAGAAAGACGGAGCUCUGCUCUCCAGUGGUAUCAGCGACUACAACCGCAGGCUCACCAUCACCAACCCCACGGUCAGCGAUGCCGGCUACUAUGAGUGUGAGGCCAUGCUGCGCAGCAGCAGCGUAGCCCCCAUCACCCGGGGUGCCUACCUCUCGGUGCUGGAGCCACCUCAGUUUGUCAGAGAGCCUGAGCGACACAUCACCGCCGAGAUGGAGAAGGUGGUAGAUAUCCCAUGUCGAGCCAAAGGGGUGCCGCCUCCCUCCAUCACCUGGUACAAGGACGCUGCGUUGGUGGAGGUGGGAAAGCUGACACGCUUCAAGCAGCGCAGCGAUGGCGGCCUGCAGAUCAGCGGCCUGCUGCCCGACGACACCGGCAUGCUCCAGUGUUUUGCCCACAACGCAGCAGGCGAGGCCCAGACCUCCACCUACCUGGCCGUCACCAGCAUCGCCCCUAACAUCACCAGAGGCCCCCUGGACAGCACAGUGAUCGACGGGAUGUCCGUGGUACUGGCCUGUGAGACCUCAGGGGCGCCACGGCCUGCUAUCACGUGGCAGAAAGGGGAGCGCAUCUUAGCCAGCGGCUCUGUCCAGCUGCCUCGCUUCACACUGCUGGAAUCUGGCAGCCUGCUCAUUAGCCCAACCCACAUCUCGGAUGCUGGCACCUACACCUGUUUGGCCACCAACUCUCGGGGAGUAGAUGAGGCGUCCGCAGACCUGGUCGUAUGGGCCCGGACACGCAUCACCAAGCCACCCCAGGACCAGAGUGUCAUCAAGGGCACCCAGGCCUCUAUGGUGUGUGGAGUGACCCACGAUCCCAGAGUGACUGUCAGGUAUGUGUGGGAGAAGGAUGGGGCCACCCUGGCUGUGGAGACUAAUCCUCGGAUCCGCCUGGACAGAAAUGGCUCCCUACACAUCUCGCAGACGUGGUCAGGGGACAUUGGCACAUAUACCUGCCGGGUCCUCUCAGCUGGUGGCAAUGACUCUCGCAACGCCCACCUGCGUGUCAGGCAGCUUCCCCAUGCUCCUGAACACCCUGUGGCAACGCUCAGCACUGUGGAGAGACGCGCCAUCAACCUGACCUGGGCCAAACCCUUCGACGGCAACAGUCCUCUGAUGCGCUACAUCUUGGAGAUGUCAGAAAACAAUGCUCCCUGGACCAUACUCCUGGCCAGCGUGGACCCAGAAGCCACCUCAGUGAUGGUCAAGGGGCUGGUUCCCGCUCGUUCCUACCAGUUCCGCCUCUGUGCUGUCAACGAUGUGGGCAAGGGACAGUUCAGCAAGGACACAGAAAGGGUCUCCCUUCCUGAGGAGCCCCCCACGGCCCCUCCGCAGAAUGUCAUCGCGAGUGGCCGGACCAACCAAUCCAUCAUGAUCCAGUGGCAACCACCUCCUGAAAGCCACCAGAACGGAAUCCUCAAAGGCUACAUCAUCAGAUACUGCCUGGCAGGGCUACCUGUUGGGUACCAGUUUAAGAACAUCACAGAUGCCGACGUCAACAACCUGUUGCUGGAGGACCUCAUCAUUUGGACCAAUUAUGAGAUCGAGGUGGCUGCCUACAACAGCGCCGGGCUGGGUGUCUACAGCAGCAAAGUCACCGAGUGGACGCUGCAGGGAGUUCCCACAGUGCCCCCGGGCAAUGUGCAUGCAGAAGCCACAAAUUCUACAACUAUCCGUUUCACCUGGAAUGCGCCCAGCCCCCAGUUUAUCAACGGCAUCAACCAGGGCUACAAGCUGAUUGCCUGGGAGCCAACCCAAGAAGAGGAGGUUACUAUGGUGACUGCCAGGCCCAACUUUCAAGACAGCAUCCAUGUGGGCUUCGUGUCCGGCCUGAAAAAAUUCACAGAGUACUUCACAUCGGUGCUCUGCUUCACCACACCGGGAGAUGGGCCUCGAAGCAGCCCCCAGCUGGUGCGCACCCAUGAGGACGUGCCUGGACCUGUGGGACACCUGAGCUUCAAUGACAUCCUGGACACUUCGCUGAAGGUCAGCUGGCAGGAACCUGGAGAAAAGAAUGGCAUCCUGACAGGGUACCGGAUCUCCUGGGAAGAAUACAACAGAACCAAUACCCGUGUGACCCACUACCUGCCCAACGUAACCCUGGAAUACCGAGUCACAGGCCUCACAGCACUCACCACCUAUACUAUAGAAGUGGCCGCCAUGACCUCCAAGGGCCAGGGCCAGGUGUCGGCCUCCACUAUUUCAUCUGGUGUGCCUCCAGAGCUUCCAGGGGCUCCCACCAACCUGGGCAUUUCCAACAUUGGCCCACGAUCCGUGACCUUGCAGUUCAGGCCUGGCUAUGAUGGGAAGACAUCCAUCUCCCGCUGGGUGGUGGAGGCUCAGGUGGGCGUGAUCGGGGAGGGAGAGGAGUGGUCGCUGAUCUACCAGCUCGGCAAUGAACCUGACGCACGUUCUAUGGAGGUACCAGAUCUCAACCCCUUCACCUACUACAGCUUCCGCAUGCGCCAAGUGAACAUUGUUGGCACCAGCCCACCCAGUCAACCUUCUAGAAAGAUUCAGACCCUCCAAGCGCCCCCAGACAUGGCCCCAGCCAACGUGACUCUGCGCACAGCCAGUGAGACUAGCUUGUGGCUCCGAUGGAUGCCCCUCCCAGAAAUGGAAUACAAUGGCAACCCUGAGUCUGUGGGCUACAAGAUCAAGUACAGCCGCUCUGAUGGCCAUGGCAAGACACUGAGCCACACGGUACAAGACCGAGUGGAGCGAGAAUACACUAUCGAGGACCUGGAGGAGUGGACAGAGUACCGUGUCCAGGUCCAGGCCUUCAACGCCAUUGGGAGCGGGCCCUGGAGCCAGGCGGUGGUGGGCAGGACCCGGGAGUCAGUCCCAUCCUCUGGCCCCACCAACGUGUCAGCUCUGGCCACCACCUCUAGUAGCAUGCUGGUCCGCUGGAGCGAGAUCCCAGAGGCAGAUCGAAAUGGCCUCGUGCUGGGCUAUAAGGUGAGGUACAAGGAGAAGGACUCGGAUUCCCAGGCCCGGUUCUGGCUGGUAGAAGGCAACUCAUCCCGAAGCGCCCAGCUCACAGGCCUGGGCAAGUACGUGCUCUACGAGGUCCAGGUUCUGGCCUUCACGCGCAUCGGAGACGGCAGCCUGAGCCACCCUCCCAUCCUGGAGCGGACACUAGAUGAUGUCCCAGGCCCCCCCAUGGGCAUCCUAUUUCCAGAGGUGAGAACCACAUCUGUGCGGCUCAUCUGGCAGCCCCCUGCAGCUCCCAAUGGCAUCAUUCUGGCCUACCAGAUCACACACCGGCUCAACGCCACUACAGCCAACACCGCCACAGUGGAGGUCCUGGCACCCAGCGCUCGCCAGUACAUGGCCACAGGCCUCAAGCCGGAGUCUGUCUACCUCUUCCGUAUCACGGCCCAAACCCGCAAAGGUUGGGGAGAGGCGGCUGAGGCCUUGGUGGUGACUACAGAGAAGAGAGACCGCCCGCAGCCCCCUAGCAAGCCCGUGGUCCAACAGGAAGAUGUGAAAGCACGCAGUGUGUUGCUGUCCUGGGAGCCAGGCAGCGAUGGGCUCUCCCCAGUCCGCUACUACACCAUCCAGACUCGAGAGCUGCCUAGCGGCCGGUGGGCCCUGCACUCGGCCUCUGUGAGCCACAAUGCCUCUGCCUUCACUGUGGACAGACUCAAACCCUUUACAUCCUACAAGUUCCGAGUGAAGGCGACCAACGACAUCGGGGAUAGCGAGUUCAGCGAGGAAUCCGAGUCUCUGACCACCCUGCAGGCAGCCCCAGAUGAGGCACCCACCAUCCUGUCGGUGACUCCCCACACCACCACCUCUGUGCUAAUCCGGUGGCAGCCUCCAUCUGAGGACAAGAUCAAUGGCAUCCUCUUGGGCUUCCGAAUCCGGUACCGGGAGCUGCUCUACGAAGGGUUGAGGAGCUUCACUCUGCGAGGCAUCAACAACCCUGGGGCCAAAUGGGCUGAGCUCACCUCCUUGUACUCCAUGCGGAACCUGACCCGGCCCAGCCUCACGCAGUACGAGCUGGACAAUCUGAGCAAACACAGGCGUUACGAGAUCCGGAUGAGUGUGUACAACGCCGUGGGUGAGGGACCCUUGAGCCCGCCGCAAGAGGUCUUUGUCGGGGAGGCAGUGCCCACAGCAGCACCGCAGAAUGUGGCCAUCCACAGUGCCACUGCCACACAGCUGGAUGUGACCUGGGAGCCACCUCCACUGGACAACCAGAAUGGAGACAUCCAAGGAUACAAGAUCUAUUUCUGGGAAGUCCAACGGAGGAACCUCACGGAGAAGGUGAAGACGCUCUUCCUGGCUGAGAACAGUGUGAAACUCAAGAACCUGACGGGCUACACGGCCUACAUGGUCAGCGUGGCAGCCUUCAACGCUGCGGGGGAUGGGCCGAGGAGCACUCCGACCCGGGGCCAGACUCAGCAAGCAGCCCCCAGUGCCCCAGGCUCGGUCAAGUUCAGCGAGCUGACCACUACCUCAGUGAACGUGUCCUGGGAUGCCCCACAGUUCCCCAACGGUCCUCUGGAGGGCUACCGGCUGGUGUAUGAACCCUGCACCCCAGUGGAUGGGGUCAGCAAGAUUGUGACCGUGGACGUGAAGGGGAACGGCCCCCUGUGGCUAAAAGUGAAGGAUCUGGCCGAGGGCAUGACCUAUCGUUUCCGAAUCAAAGCCAAGACCUUCACCUACGGCCCUGAGAUCGAAGCCAACAUCACUACGGGCCCCGGAGAAGGUGCCCCAGGACCACCAGGAGUACCAAUCAUCGUUCGGUACAGCACAGCCAUUGCCAUCCACUGGUCCAGCGGAGAUCCUGGCAAAGGACCCAUCACACGUUAUGUAAUAGAGGCCAGGCCUUCAGAUGAGGGGCUCUGGGACAUUCUCAUCAAGGAUAUCCCCAAGGAGGUGACUUCCUAUACCUUCAGCAUGGACAUCCUGAAGCCAGGCGUAAGCUACGACUUCCGGGUCAUCGCAGUCAAUGACUACGGCUUUGGCACUCCCAGCAGCCCCUCCCAGUCUGUGCCAGCCCAGAAAGCCAGCCCCUUUUACGAGGAAUGGUGGUUCUUGGUGGUCAUCGCCCUUGUGGGCCUCAUCUUCAUCCUGCUUCUGGUCUUCGUACUCAUCAUCCGGGGUCAGAGCAAGAAGUACUCCAAGAAGACAGAUGGAGCUGUGCUCCUCCAGACCUCUCUGAGCCUACCCUCAGCCUCAUUCCCUUCUCUUUCUAGGUCCCCUCCCAGGCCCAGUCCAGGCAGCCUACAUUACUCGGAUGAAGAUGUCACCAAGUACAAUGACCUCAUCCCAGCCGAGAGCAGCAGCCUGACUGAGAAGCCAUCGGAGAUCUCUGACUCCCAGGGGAGUGACAGCGAGUACGAAGUGGACACGAACACCCAGAAAGCCCACUCCUUCGUCAACCAUUACAUCAGUGACCCCACAUAUUACAACUCUUGGCGGCGUCAACAGAAAGGCAUCUCUCGGGCCCAGGCCUACAGCUACACAGAGAGCGAUUCCGGCGAACCUGACCACGUCACUGUUCCCAACAGCAGCAGCACCCAGCAAGGCAGCCUUUUCCGGCCCAAGGCCAGCCGGACUCCAACGCCCCAAAAUCCCCCGAACCCCCCAAGUCAGCAGAGCACCCUCUACCGUCCCCCGAGCAGCCUCGCCCCCGGCUCCCGGGCACCCAUAGCUGGGUUCUCAUCCUUCGUUUGACAUCAAAAGAGGAAAAAGAAUGGAGGGAAAAAAAGACACCAAAAUCCUCCUUUGCCACUUCCCCAAACGCCUGCCAGAAACCACACAAGAAAACCCCACCAAGACAUCGACUCAGCUUUUCACCUGCCACGUUUAUUUUUCCAGAGAUUCCAGGGCCAGCAAAGCCGGGUUGGAGCACGGGCGGAGGGAGAAGAAACCCACGGGAGGACUUGGAUGCAUGCGACCUGCAAUGGCUUCACGUCCUUGGGGUCUGUUUUGCGGUGUGGAGGGCUGGAGACCAGAUAGUCUCACUUCUGCUGAGGACAGAGGGGCUUGGGGCCCUGGAGAGAGGGAGCCAUAGGCAGGUGGGGCUGAGGAAUCUGGGAACUUCUAGAAAUGCAAACAGCUUCACCCCUCACGCUUGUGCUAGAUCUCUGGGCUUGCUAUCCUUGCCCCUCUGCAAAAAGGACGGAUGUGUGUGCUCAGAGGUGAAGCCUGCCUGCUGUCUCCGGCUCUUCCUGGCAGAUGUCCCAUGGCUUUGUCACCCCACCUCCCUACCCCCGCCCUGCCUCAGCAUCCCCCAAGGGCUCAUAGCCCUUGUACAACUUCUUCACCAAGCAUUUGGCUUAUUUUUGGGAAAAGAAAAAGAAAAAAGAAAAAUCAAAUGGUAAGAAUCCACUUAGCAACUUCCUUGUUCCUAUAAAACAAUGUAUUUAUUUAUUAUUAUUAUUUUUUUAAAUUGUGAAUUCAAGAAAGAGGGCUUAAGGGUCGGGAGAGAAAGAAUUCCUCCGCCACAUAACUGAGCCUUCUGUUGCUUGGAUUCACUUCCCUGAAAGCCAAGAUAAGGAGAGGUACCAUCCGGGGAAGUGGAGACCCAAAGUGCUGGCUCCAUGCUUAGGGAUGCUUCAGGUGGUGUCCUGCAGGAAGUCAGAGAUGCAAGGAUAAAGCCUUGGCUGUUUCCUUCUGAUCCACCAGCCCAAUGCUAAGAGAAAGGAAACAACAGGUUGGGGGCAGUGCCCAGGAUAGGACAGUGCCCAGGAUAGAACGCUCAGCCUGGCAGGAGGAAGGUCGUAUGUUCAGAUCACCACUUUCCUCUGAAUGUCCACCUUCCUGCUAGCCCAUGCAUCUGCCCCGUGAACUUGGAAGAAAAAGGGUCCAAGGGCCCCUCUUAAGAGGAUACCCUGGGACUCCUCUGCCCAAUAACUUUCUCACUUUAAGACCUGUGUAGCCCCCGCCCCCUGUCUCUACCCACGACAUACAGGUGCCCAGAGGGGUGGUCCAGUCCAUGGCCCUGAGGCUUUAUAAAGAAUCAAAGGCUAUAGAGUUGUGGUCCCACAUCUGUUCCACCACAGGGGCAUGGCCGCUUUGGUAGGCAGGACUUGGGGAGACAGACUGCGCUUAUCCCAUGCCAUCUCGGGGUGGGUGCUGGGCUGUAGGGAAGCUCCGGGACAACGCUUGGGGGUGGGAGAGUGCAGUCUGAGGCUUGGGACAACCCGUCUCUGGGGCUUCAAGCCUUAGUACAACUGAGGACCAGGCUACCUUUCACGGUCCACUUCCCCACAAAAGGUUACUUCAACUCCCCCUAACAUCUCCCAGGCGGAGCUCAGUGAAGGCAGAGCUGGGAAGGACCAAAGAAAGGCCAGCCAGAAAGCUUUGCCCAAACUGCACAUGGCAAUUGAGAUUCGUGGUCAGCCCAGCCAGGAGAGGAGGGUUAGAUAGGCUCAAGGGACAAGAGUAGCUGAUGGGAGGGAAAGCUGUUACUCCCAGGAAAGUUCUGUAAAAAGCCACGGGGGGCCUGAACUUCUCAUCAGUUUCAGCCUUCCAACACAAGGAUUUGGGGGAGGAGAUUUUCUGAUGUCCUGGGUUGACUUAGGCCCCUGGGGACAUUAACCAGCCUAAGGCUCAGCCUAAGGCUGAGGAUGCCUGGUUGCCUCCUUCAGAGCCUUCCCUGGGGCAUGUCCAAUUCAGUCAAGGAUCAGACUUGCUGGGAGUCUACACAGUUACUGCUGGCCUUGUUGAGAGGCCCGAGUGGAGAGCCUGUAGCCAUACUCACCAGUCUCUAGUCCUGCUAAUUCUCACUGGGCAGAGAAGCCAGGGUCAAAGAGCACCCUUGAGUCCUAUGUGGUCUCCUCCCUACACACCUGACCCCUGGGGAUGCGAGUGAGGAGAUGUGAGAAGCCAGGUCAGCAGGCAGGUGACCUAACUGCUGUGUGUGAACAGUGGCUUUUCACAGUGACUUCUCUUAGGCAGAAAGGGAGGCUCCUAAGCCUGGAAGCAUAGCCUUGUCCCCACAGGACAACAAAGGGCCGAGACCUUGCCCCUCCAGGGAUACAGGUUUCCCAGGGCUACCUUGAACUUUGUCAGUCAGCUGGACCCCAGCCCCUGCAGCAUCUGGCAUCUCCAGAGCCGCACAUCUGCAGAGGCUGCAUGAACUCACACUGCCACACUCACUGUCUGUUCCUCAUGUCUUUUUUAAAACAACUUCAUCUUUUUUUUUUUUUCCCUGUCUUCGGAGGCUUUAACCAUUUAAGGAUGUCCCGAGUUUACAUUAGGGAAUUAUCAGCCCGGCCUAGCCCAGCCCAGUGAGGGAGCUUUAAAGAGGAAGUGGGAAUGGUUUCAAAUAAAAUCAUGUGUGUGUGUGUGUGUGUGUGUGUGUAUGUGUGUGUGUGUAUGUGUGUGUGUAUGUGUGUGUGUAUGUGUGUGUGGUGUUGCACAGGAGGCCAAUUUUCCUUUGCCUUUAACAAAUCACCUUGUGCAUUGAGGUCCCCCCCCCUCUUCCAUGUGCUCAUUGGAACCCUUGCUGGCAUCCGUGUGCACGGGCAAACUUGUGCUUAUGUAUAAGCAUAUAGAGAUAUGCACAGAACAUACACCUAUGUGUGUUAACAAAGGGGAUCUUGUCAUACCCUCUGAUGGGCCCUUGGCUGUCUCUCAUCCCCAUGAGGUAUGGAUAGCCUGGGUCACUUGCACUUGGGCUAUCAGUGGGGCCUAUUACCCAAGCAGCUGAGCACAUUACAAACUACAACUCCUAGAUAAGCCUAGGGUGAGAGCCCUCCGUUUAGACACUGCCCGGGUUGGAGGGAAUUAUUGCCUACUCGGCCCCAGCCACAGCUGGACACCCAGUAGGUUUCCAUCUGCGGAACUCUAGGUUGCUUAAUGAGAUCUCUUGGCCAAUGUUUACAUUUCUGCUGGGCACUGGAGGAUCCCAAGAACUCCACUCAGACACCCUGCCGUAUUCUAAGGGUAUGGCGGGCACCGACCCUGGGUAAGGGGAAGCUUUCAAUUUCCUGAGCCGAUGAGGCCAGGGCUGUUGUCUUGUGACUAUGGGAAACAGGUUCACAGAAGGGCACGCCUGGCCCUCUUGCUGUUGCCUCUCUGUGCCCUGAGGAAAUCUGCCCCGUGUUCAGGAGCCCACACUUAGCACGCUGGGGCUGCUCUCUCCUCUCCUGGCAGUGCCUGCCUCCUGCAUUCUUGCAGGCUCUGCACCCAGAUUGCCAAGACUAACCAAAUAGCUGCUCUGGGCUCCAGAAGCCGCUUCCUCUGGAGAGCUGCAGGGAGUUUACAAACCCACGCUGCUACUGCCUCUCCUCUCCCCUCUCCACCCCAAAUCUGACACUGCCUGCCGUGAGUCAGAGGGAACAAGGACAUAGCUGGGCUGCCUUGCCAGCCCUUGCUUCUUGAGGCCUUCUGUCAUUGCUAUCCAUGCCUGCCCUGGACAGCAUUUCUAAAGGUGCCAGAACUUCACAGUAGACUGCCCUAGGCAGGGGUUCCCCUCGCCUUCUCGAGUGGCGCACAGAGAAGGUGCCACCGUGUGCAGCCAGCCAGCUGGGCCAUCAAUGGGGGAAAGAGGGGACCCAUAGACAGCCACCACCAGCUCCAGAGUGCCUCUGUGGUCCCAUACAGGGACACCCACCCUAACCAACACCUCGAGCACAGGUGCCCCAUCCCCUUGGGACAACCCCCUCCUUUCUGUUUCCAUAAAAAAAAAAAAAAAAAAAAAAAAUCCAAAGCAUUUAAGUGUGUUACCUUCCUCCACCCAUAUAGACUCCCAAAACAAAACUCGGUACAAAUCUUUAUUUUUUUGAUUUAAAAGCUAUAAUGAAAAAUUAUAGGGAGAGUACUCAUUAUGGCAGGUGUCUAUCUGUAAGAAAAAAUAUAUAUCUAUAUGUCAUAUAGCUUGUUAGCAAGUUUAUUUUUUAAACAAAAGGUAAGAAAGAAAUUGAUUUGAAAUAUAUACCGCGAGAAGUCCCAUGUCCUGUCAAACUGUCAGUAUUUUAUAAAUAAACUUUUUUUUUGGAGUUCUGAA